AUGUAAAAAGUUUCAGAAUCAAAUAUAAAAAAAGAGUACCAAAGAAAAGUGAAUGAAUGCAUUGAAAAUGUGUAAUAAGCAGUAGAGGUAAAUGUAUUAUUUAAUAAAUGUAAAUAGAACUCAUUUAAGAAUAUUGAUGCCAAACUUGAUGAACUUCUUAAUUAUGAGUUUAAAUCCAUCAAUAUAAUUGCAGCUUAAUAAUAAUAAGAAUCACCAAAAAUCAAUUCCAAUAUUUUACUUAAUUUUUAAGAUGACAAUUUCCAAUAAUAAAUAUGUUAAGAGCUGACUUCUUUAAUCGAAAUUAAAAUUCAAAAAGAAGUUUAAAAUAAGAAAUAAUAACAUUAAUAAUUAAUCAAAGAAACUGAAACAUAAUGGGAAAAUCUAAUCAAAACAAAUGAUUCUCAGAUUCAAUCAAAUAAUAAUUCAUAAAUUAUUUAAUAAUCAUCAACACUCAUAAUCACUUAAUCAAAUCUCAAACCAUUCAAUUAUUAAUUAAUUCCACAAAACUCAAUUAAAUAAGAUCAAUCUUGUUAUGCAAUUGCUGUUAAUAAAGAUUUUACAAUAUUAAUUGCUGGAUGUAAUAAUUAAAUUAAAGUAUUUGAAUUUAUAUAAGGAAUCUUAAAAUAAGUUUAAGUAUUAAGUGAACAUGGUAAGAAUAUACAUACUUUAAAUUUCAUGAAGGGAUCGGAUCAUUUUAUAUCUGGAAGUGUUGAUAAUUCUAUAAUAAUAUGGGCAAGAAAUAAAAAUAAUUAAUGGAUUUUCCAAUAGAAAUUGAAUGGACAUACAGGUAGUAUACUAUGUUUGUUAUUAAAUAAAAAUGAAGAUAUUAUAGUAUCUGGUAGUCAUGACUAUUAGAUUAAAUUUUGGUAGAAGUCAAAUGGAUGGUUGUGCUCUUAGACAAUUACAGAUCAUACAAGUACUGUAUAUGGAUUAAGUUUCAAUGAAUAAUAGAAUAGAUUGAUAUCUUGUGGAGAUGAUAAUAUUAUAUUAGUAAUUGAACAAUUAGAAUUGAAUAAAUAAUGGAUUGUAAUAUAAAAGAUUACAGUAGAACAAUUUGGAUGUAGAUUAUGCUUUAUUGAUAAUAAUACAUUUACAUUCUAUCCUUAUGGGAAAGAUUACAUAAAUGUUUUUGAGAUGAAUAAUAGUAAUAAAUAGUAUAUCAAGACAAAAGAUAUUCCUGUAAAAAGUGGUAACAUUUAUGAUAAUUCUUUAUUUCCUUCCUAAUAUAUAAAAUUAAAAUGUAUACUUGUGAAUAAGAAUGGUUAAAAUGUAAGUUUAAUAAGGAUGAAACAAAAUGGAGAGUUUAUGAUUGAGGAAUCUAUUGAUUUUGGAACUCGCAAUCUUUUUGGAUAUAUGACUGAUGAUGGAUAGUAUUUGAUUACUUGGGAUGUUAAAUCAAAAGAAAUUCAGAUCAGAAAAUAUCAGGAGAAAUGA